AUGCACCAGCUGUUCCGUCUAGUGCUGGGGCAGAGGGACUUGUCCCGUGCAGGAGACCUCUUCUCUCUGGAUGACAGUGAGAUCGAAGACUGCCUGUCCCAAGCCCUGGAGGAAAUCAAAGUCAUAUCCUGCUCUCCAGACUACCUCACCAAUGACAAUGACCAGGCGGUGGUGGAGAUCUGCAUCACGCGCAUCACUACAGCCAUUAGAGAGACUGGCUCCAUCGAGAGGCAUGGAGCAGCGCUGGUGUCAUUAUGGGAGUCUUGUCUGGAACAUAACCUUCAGCCACAGGGCAAAGAUGAAGACACACCUCAUGCCAAAAUCGCCUCUGACAUCACCAGCUGCAUUUUGCAGAAUUACAACAGGCCACCAGUGAUGGCUUUAGCGGUUCCUGUAGCUGUGCGGUUCUUACAGCAAGGGAACCAAGAGCUGAGCAGAAACAUGUCCAGCUACCUGUCACUGGCUGCCAUUGCUAAAGCCGAACUCUUGGCCCAACACACAGAGGCGAUCACAUGCAGCGUUCUGGCAGGUAACACCAUGCUGUUGAGAGUGUUGCCAUCUGUAUAUCCACGCCAACCAGAGCCCAUCCAUCAACACAUUCGUGAGCUGACGGCGAUGAUGCCCCGGCUGGACCAGACGGGCAGACAGCACCUGCUCAGACUGCUGCAAAUGAUCUCAGACCUCCACCCACUGGUAUUGUCGUCUUUGGUGCCGUUGUUGAUUAGUUUCCUCGGUGACAGUGAUCUCGGUGACUCUGCGCUGGGUGUGCUGGUGAAUGUGGCUCAAUCAAGUCCUGUGUCUCUCGCACCCUUCCUGUCCUCCCUGAGAAAUGUGGGACAGAAGAACCCUUGGUUACUGGGACACAUCGCUAAGAUCCAUAGAGCAGUGGGUCUGACAAGUGAGGUCCAGGCUCGCGGGGCUCUGCAGUAUCUGGUGUCUCUGUUAGCGAGUAUGGAGCACAGCGCCCAUCACACACUGCUGCUGGAAAUCCGCUGUCUGACCGAUCGCUACACCUCAAUCCUGGGCGGAGGAGGAAAAGACAUCUACCGCAUGAGCAACAGCUUCUCUGCCAUUGCUCGACUGCUAGGGCGCAAGCUGGAGGCUGACGGUGCAGUGAACAGAGGGGAGGAGAAGGUGCAGGAUUUGUCCAGGCCGCGUGAAGCCGAGUCUGGUUCUGAGAUGUUUGCUGAGAACCAGCAUCUGCAGGUGAAGAUCCAGGCUUUUGAGGAGAAGGUAGGAGAUGAAGAGGUGGAGUCUGAGGGAGACGGAGCUUCUCUUGGACCUCAGAGACGCCACAGUCUGGGUCAGGCAGCACGUGAUGAGCGCAGAGAGAUGAGGUUCAACAGGUCAAAGAGUCUGGCUCUUCAUGCUGUACGCACAAGAUCCAUUAACUCUGACAGCAGCCCAGAGGGAGAGGGGCUUGAUCUGAACGCAGAACUCAAAGUCUGUGAGGAAGAGACCAGUCCUGUCCCCUCGACGCUCCACAACCACUCAGAACUCACAGAGACUCAGCCUGACACGUCUUUAAACAUUGAGGGGCCAAAGGUGGAGGAUGGAGACCCCCGGGAGAGAGACAGACUCUGGAUCCAUCUACGAGACAACAUGGAGGAAAUCAAAUCCUUCUGUGCGGAAAUGAUCAAACAAAUCCCCGUACCCGAUCAAUGUGUGAUUGAAGAUUCUCAUCGAGGCUGUGUAGCUAAGCUGUCAUUCUCCUGUCCUCUGAAAGGACACUACUGUCUCUACGGGAAGUCCAGUUUCUCUCUGUGUAGCAGCCAACCACACCUCUGGAUCCAAAUCAUGUUAUUGGCACUGCAGAGUAAAGCGAGCGAGGCCUUGUGCUGUCAGGACGAGUGUGUGCUGCAGCUGAGGAAACUCUGGGAGAAAACACAGCUGACAGGAGCACACAGCUUUGAGCUGGCCAUGACCCAGACCACUGUUCCUCACAAGAAGGAUGUGGACAGUUUGCAGAUGUAUCUGGAGGAGGUCCGUUUCUUUGACCUGUUCAGUUACAGCGAAGACGAGAGUGGAUGGCUCUGCUUCAUGUGCAGCAAUCCAGAGAAAGCCACGGUUGUUAACCAGGAUGGCCAGCCACUCAUCGAGGGGAAGCUGAAGGAGAAACAGGUGCGUUGGAAGUUCAUCAAAAGAUGGAAAACACGUUAUUUCACCCUUGCUGGAAACCAGCUUCUCUUCCGAAGAGGAAAAUCAAAGGACGAGCUGGACAACAACACGAUUGAACUUAGCAAAGUGCAAAGCGUUAAAGUGGUCGCAAAGAAGAGGCGAGACCGCGGCCUGCCCAGAGCCUUCGAGAUCUUCACCGACAGCAAAACCUACGUGCUGAAAGCGCAAGACGAGAAGCAUGCAGAAGAGUGGCUGCAGUGCAUCAAUGUGGCCGUGGCCCAAGCCAAAGAACGAGAGAACCGAGAGGCCACAACAUACCUGUGACACACUCGCUCAUCAGGUGUCUCCACUGCCACUGUUGCAGUCAUCCUCCAUCCCAUUCUUGUGAUGGUAAGCUGCAAAGAUCAUCGAU